AUGCCUAUCUGGGUGGUCCGCACAUGUGGCUUGGAAAGUCUCGCUGUCAAUGCCGGCGUGGUCCAUACGAGACAUAGUCAACAAUACAUCUCGGCUUUAUUGAUAUGUUACGCAUACAUCCUCCCCCUCGCCGAGGCGCUCAACAAGUGCCUCGACGACGGCGCGCUGGCGGUGGCCAACAGGAGCCCGACGCUGCCGGUGCUACGGGGCAAGGCGACCAUCAUCAAGGACGGGCACGGCGAGGACGUUCUCGAGCCGGCGGGCGUCGCCAAGAGAGUCCUGCGCCCCAUGCACAACUCGCACUCGCUCGCCAAGGAGAACCUCGGCAUCUACAUCUUCGGCCUCAGGGGCACGGGCAAGUGCCCCGCCACGGACGCCAACAAGAUCAACGUCUUCCUAGCCCAAGCCAACACCCUCGAGAUCCAUAAUGCUAGCAUCCCCGUUGUCAUCAACUAA